AUGGCGAUGAGAUGGUUUGACUCCCUCCAGCCGAAUUCCAUAGAUUCCUUUAAACAGCUGACGCAGGCCUUUGGUUCCCGUUUCAUCACCAGCACCAGAGUCCCUCGGCCCCUCGAUUCCCUCCUAUCCCUGUCCAUGCAGGAAGGAGAGACGCUGAAGGCCUACUCGGAUAGAUACUGGGAAACGUAUAACGAGGUCGAAGGGAAAAAUGAGGAUGUCGCCAUCAGCGCGUUCAAAAGGGGCCUGCCGACAGAACAUGGCUUGAGAAAGUCCUUCACUGGAAAGCCAGUCACCAGCGUACGCCAGCUCAUGGACCGAAUUGACAAGUACAAAAGGGUCGAAGAGGACCAGCAGACGGGGAAGGGCAAAGCGAAGGUCGUCCCUCAGGAAAGGAGGGACUUCAGGUCAGAACGGUUUAACAACAGUAACAGGCCGAGAAGGGAUUAUAUAGAGCAAUCUGGAUCUACUGGGGCUCAGACAGUCCAUGCUGUGUUCCGGGAACCUCUCCACAGAAUCCUAGAGAAGGAACCCGGUCACACUACCGAUGAUUGCAGGAACCUGAAGAACUAUUUAGACAGGCUCGUCCGAGAAGGGAAGCUGAGACAUCUGCUACAUCACUCUGAAGGAUGGCAAGAACCAUCAAACAAUGAAACCAGACAAAGUGCGUUGAGGCCACCCAUUGGCACUAUUAAUGUCAUUCUCGCCGCGCCUAGAAGGACAGGCACUGUCCCCUUCAGGUUAAUGUCAGUGAGCAAUCUCCCGACUAAGCCAGAUGACCAGGAACCCAAGAGGGCUAGAGUGAGCGCCACGCCACUGAUUGGGUUCACGGAAGAAGACAAACAAGGGACUAUCCAGCCCCAUGAUGAUGCCUUAGUUGUGACGCUCAGGAUAGGAGGUUAUGAUGUCAAAAGGGUGUUAGUGGACCAAGGCAGCGCGGUGGAGAUAAUGUACCCUGAUUUGUACAAGGGAUUGAACUUGAAGCAGGAAGACCUGUUACCGUACGAUUCCCCCCUGCUUAGCUUUGAAGGAAAGGUCGUCAUCCCGAAAGGCAUGAUUAGGUUACCUGUGCAGACAGAUUCGGAGGUGGUAGAGGUGAACUUCAUUGUCGUAGAUGCAUACUUCCCUUACACAGCCAUCGUGGCCCAGCCAUGGCUUCAUACCCUAGGGGCUGUGUCAUCAACCUUGCACCAAAAGGUGAAAUAUUCGUCAGGAGGCCAGGUCAAAGAGAUAAUAGGGAACCAGGGAGUUGCUAGGCAAUGCAUGGUGUCGGCAAUCUUGCGGCCGCAGGAUCGCGUAACCUCCACGUCGGCCGGGAGCGGCUUAUAG